AUGGACGGGAGCACGGUCCGGAUCGGGGUCGUCGGCGACUCGGGCGUCGGCAAGUCGUCGCUGGUGCACUUUGUCUGUCAAGGCGCGAGCCUGCGCCAGCCGUCAUGGACGGUCGGCUGCACGACCCAAGUGCUUAUGCGGCAAAACGAGACCUUUGUCGAGUUUAUCGAUGUCGGUGGGCACCCGCGGUACGAGCUGAGUCGCGCCGCCUUUUACCACCAGCUCCACGGGCUCAUCUUUGUCUACGACGCGAGCAACAAGCGGUCGUACACCAACCUCAAGAAGUGGAUCGCGGAGCUCAACGCGGCCCAGCGCGUGCGCGGCGACGUCUUUGCCGACGCUCGCUACCAAUCGGUGCAGCAGCUCCCGACGCUCAUCGUUGGCAACAAGCACGACCUUGUGACGUCGACGAUGAAGCGGUCGUCGCCCAUGCAAUACUUUGAGAUGGAGGCCAUUGACGCCAGCGCGCUCCAGUGCACGCUGGACUGGUCGCGCUUCAACCUCUUCCUCGAUCGCGCCGCGAUGGCCAUGCACCAGCCACUCCCGACGGGCGACGCGACGCCACGGGCAACGACGCGCAGUCACGCAACCAAGCACGCGUGGUGGUGA